ACGUUACUAGCUUAGCUUUCGAAUUUAGCUUUUAUUCUACGAAGAGGGUUCUCUGGCUUUUGUGCAAAAAGGGGUUUUUUGCUUUCUGCUUUAUUUUAUUUCGAAUUUUUGUUGGGAGAGCUGCCAAAAUUUCUUUUGGAGGAAACGUAAGUGUUAGAGAGAGAAUUUUUAUGCAUUCAUGUGGAUAAAUCAUGGCUAUGGUGAAACUUUUUCUUUGAAAUUCUGCUUAAAUGUAAACUUUUGAAUUUGAGUCUGUGGCUUUUGUCUCAGUCGGGAAUUUCAGGGGCUAAGUUUAUUUUUUUAGUGAUCUUAUGCUGUUCUACGUGAAAAAAUAAUUUCCUUUUUCCUCUUUUGGAUGCCAUGAAUACUUGGUGGUCUGAUUGACUUGGCGAAAACUACGAAUUUGUUAAUUUUUUUUGAUUAGGAGUAGUUCUUUGUUGAGGAUCAGGCGAUGAUUUGGAGAUCCCCAUGGUCUUUGGUUUUAAUUAGGUAUUGACAGUGAGGUGAAAUGUUUUUCAUUCACUAAGGAGUGAUUCAUGUUUGGUUUUCAUGAGCAUAUCCACUUCAAUUUAAAGUUUUUCCGAUGUAGUUUCUGAACGCUAUAUUGUUGCAGCAAGUAAUAACUAAUAAGGAUGUUGCAUAUGUGUUGAGUCUGCAAUAGAGAUGAUGCUGGAAAUUGAACUAGUCGAUCUAGAGUGUUGAGAGUAUUGGGUGUGAAGUACUUUAAUGAAGGAUUUGAAGUAUUCUAAUUUCUAAACGUACUCAAGAAAGAAAGACAUCCAGCUUGUUUGGCAGGGGUGAACUUAUGCUCACCAUGGAUCUAAAAGGGAUAACUUGGGUUGGACAUGUAUACCAGAAGUUUGAAUCUAUGUGCUUGGAAAUGGAAGAAGCUAUGUAUCAGGAUACGGUUAAAUAUGUAGAAAAUCAGGUGCAGACAGUUGGCGCUAAUGUUAAAAGGUUCUAUUCAGAUGUCAUGCAAGAUUUGCUUCCUUCAUCUGAGAUGGAUCCUGUGAAAGUGCCUGUGUCUGACUUGGCUGUUGGACAAAAAGCUGAUAUAGAGAAGAAUCCGAAGCUAAAUAUAGAUAUGAAACAAGAGUGUGUGAGAGGUUACACUGAGAAAUUUCUUAAGGAUUCAAAAAUGUUAACUAAUCCCGUCAAAGUUGAAGGACAGCCAGCCUCUUCUGAAGGACUUUGUAGUGCAAAAGAAUAUUUUCCAUCAUCUGAAAGGGGUUCUAUGGAAGGCGCAUGCUCUGACUUGUGCGCAAAGCGAUAUUGUGAUGGAAGUGACUAUAAAAAACCGAAUCUGGAUCUUAAAGAAGAAAACUCUUGGAUAGAGAAUCAUAAAGCUCCCAUGGAGAAGGAUUUCAAUAAAGCAUCCUUGCACACACUUUCUGUUGAAGAUCGUGAAGCAUUAUGGGAUCAGCAAGCUACAAAUUCAACUCCAGAGUUUACCGAAGUUUCAGGACGUGACUUCAUCUACAAUAGUACUGAGAUUGAAAACUCAUGCAAGCACAUGACCGCAAAUGACAACCUGUCAACCGGUGCAACUACUUUGGUGGAAUGUGACUGUUUUCAAAAGGUGGAGAUGAACCCUUCUGCAUGUCCUGAUUCAUCAACUGACUCAAAUGGUAAUUAUUCACCAGCUGCAGAUGUUUGUACGGACACCAGAGCUUUUUCUCUUGUCGAAUCUUUGGAUGGAAAUGAAAACGACAAAUUUGCUGAUCAGGAAGACUAUUUGUCCCAUCUAGGAAGAUCAGAUGACACUAGCAUGGAUGAGAUCAAUGGUGAUAUUGCUUUCAAACAAGGAACGGGGACCAUUCAGUUCCCAGGUAAAUUGAAGCUCGAGGAAAGUUGUGUUUUGGUGGAUAAUGGUGAACCUUACUUUGCUUCUCAAAAAGAACAGAAUCGCAAAUCUUGCACGAGAAAGAUUAGGAAUGCUCUCUCUUCGAGAAUUAGGUCGACAAGGAAGCACGAAUAUAAACAGCUUGCACUAAGGUAUGGAGGAGCUGACCCACAAAUUAUCAAGGAGAGUUCAGAAAAUCCAACAUCACCUCCCAUGAAGGGUACAAAGACAUUAACAAGUCCUGAUUUCUGUGAAUCUGAAUGGGAGCUUCUUUAAAUUCCAGUUAACAAGGUUGGGAAACUAGGUUGCUGCCCCGUAUUUAAGUCGAAUGAGUAUAGCCAAUAUAUAUAAUGCCUUUUAUCCAGGCUCAAAUAAUUUAUUACAUGUGAAAUAUGCCUUGUGCACUGGAAUGCAGGUUGAAUUUCUUUUCUGGAAGGAUAUGAUCCAACCCCAUUUACAGAAA